CUGAUCCUCACCUCCAUCUUGCCUUCGUCGCUCCCUCACACCGUCCGCGUCCGACACACUUCGGCUCACACAACAUAUCAGAAGAUAACAAAUAUCCACACGAUAUGUCAGCAGCAGAGCCAACAGAGCCAACACGUAGUCAAACAGAGGUCGAAGAUAACCAGUCAGAGCGGCCGUACGCUAUCCUGCGCAUCAAGCGCAAGCGGAAUGAGGAGCCUCUAGAUGCAUUGCUGGUAGAUCAAGAUGUCGCUCGCCCGAAAGGCAAGCGCUCCCGCGCUGGUCUCAACUUCUUCAAGUUCGCCGAGACAGUCGAACAGGGUGCAUGGGAUGAUGAGCAGGCUAAAAAAGACUUAGAAACUCGUCUGGCCGCCCUCGCACGCGAGUCAAGGCAAGGGGGCGAGAGGGACCAGACACAACAAGCUGAAAUUCCCGCAUCGAAAUCUGCUCCCGCUGAUAUGGGUCAACCCGCUCCGGCGACCGCAGCGGGAUCGGUGACAGCGGAGGCCACAGUUGCAACACCACCUCCUACGAAACGCCGCAGAGCAGAUCACACCCCUCGCAAGUACACUAUCCUCAGGCGCGAGGUUCCCUCGACGGAUCCGCCGGUCCGGAGGCGAAUGCCUUCAGCUCCUCCGAAGGUAUGGUCAAUGAGAGAGCUUGAGGCGGCUCGCGCAGCGCAAGCUCGACUCGCCAUGUACGAAGCCGUCCCAUCUACGUCGGGUGUCGAAGCCUCCGACUCGGUUGAUGCCGAUAUAGCCAAGUUUCUACCGCUCCUGCAAGACUACCUCAAAUUGGAAGAUCCGGUAGCUGUCCCCGCUACCUCCGCCGCUCCGCCUGCAAGAGAAGACGACACCGACUACGUGUAUGAUGUCUUCUACCAGCGUCUUACGCGCGACCCGAGCGCGAUUUACGGCAACGUCGGCACGCUAACUGGUGUACCCGACGAGCUAAUCAUGUAUGACUCAGACGAUGAUAACGAUUCGGAAGUCUACGAUACCGCUGAUGAGGACUCUAACGCUGAGGACUGGUAUCAAAAUGACUAUCCUGAUGAGGAGUCUGACCGGGAUGACGACGGAAGCGAAGGUAGUGAUGUCUUCCAUGAGAGCUCGGAUCAUGAAGAUAUGAUGUACGAUGAUGAUGAUGACGAGCAUGAAUGGCGAUGAUGUAUGGGCCGAGGACGGUACGUUGCGAUUGUGUAUCAUAUAGUCAGUCUCGGACAAGGAUUCAUGUAUUAUCAACGAGCAUGUAUCAUUACCUUCCAUGCGGCCAGUAAUAUCGCAGAACGAGUCCCACUGAACCAGUAUACUGUUCCCACAAGGGUACUAACGUCUCAUAUGGUCUAGGUUCUGGUGCUCUCAUGAACG